GUCCUUAAUUGAAAAGUUUUUAAAGUUAUGUAAUCGAGAAUAGUUCAAUUGUAGAGAUAAAUUAAGGUCGAAAAGGUCGCGUAUAUUUCAUUAUAACUUUAGCGUUGUAGAAUUUAUACGUGAAAACACGAAAAUUUAAUCUUAGAUUUUAUCGAAAAAUCAAAAAAAAUUAUUGAGAUUACUUAAUCUGAUAAGAAUGAAUGAGAUUUCUACGAGAGCCUUUAACAAACAUGAUUGAAGGUCUAGUAGUACUUUGCACACCUGCCAACAAUUAAACGUUGGUGUUACGGCGUGAUUUACUUACAAUUAUGCAAUGGAUUUUCUUUAUUUAGCUUAUUAUUUAUCACUUUUCGUGACGCCUUUAAUUUUGUAUGUAAUUAUUUUUGGAAAAAGGAGGAUAUCUUAUUAUAAUCGACCGACUUGGUAUUAUAACGUCAAAAAGAUUUUCGCAGCCCCAUCUAUUAAGCGAUUACAAGACGAAUAUAAAUACGUUAUUAAACGUUUAUCUGAGUUAGAUCAAGAAUUACCACAAAAAAAUUCAACUAAAUAUGAAUCCGAUAACUACAUCAUUUAUGGUGCUGAUACCGAUGGAAAUGUUCUAUCCAUCAUCCUCAACUUUAAACACACAUUACACAUGGAUGUUUCCAUUGAGUUUCGAAGUAAAUGCGGAAAAAAUUAUAAAUUACCAAAUGAACCUCUAAUUGAAAUUAAAAGUGUAAAUUCGCGCUGCUGGAGAGGGGCCGGGUUAAACAUUGAAAUUUUAAACCCUCUGAGACGAUUAAGGAUUACUUACAAUGGAAUUAUGAGAUGUAGUUCAUUUAAAAUGUCGAAACCAGAGUUGGAAUAUGUUAAUUUUCGAUUUUUUUGGAACGCAGGUUCUGAGCCGGUUUAUUAUCCCCAUGGUGUUAGCCCAGAUUUGUUAUCUGAUGCUGUAGCUAGGGAGCCGUGGAAAGAUGGGGAAUGGAUUAGAAUGUUAGGAAGUGAAUGCGGAUUUGAACAGUAUGGCGUACUACAGGGUCAUUUAUCGGCCACAUCUUUAGGAGACGAUUUGUAUUUAUAUUUGCCAAGUUGGAGGAGAAGAAUAUGGGGCCCAAGCGAUUGUUUAACGCUAAAAAGAGAUUUCCACGUUUUUGGAGUUUCACAUGAUGGGACUGUGUUUUGUGUCGGCGCUAAAAGUUAUCGAAUAGGAGCUACACAAUUAAGAUAUGGAACGGUUCUUUUAAAUAACGGAGAAGUAAUGAGUAUAACCUCUAGUGAUGUCUCCUUAGAACAUUUAGCCGAUAACAUGGAAAUUCCAAAUGUGUUUACAAUUCAUUUUAAAGUUAAUAAUAAAACGUUUAAAUGUGUCUCCCAUUUAAAUACAAAUAAAACUUCAACAACUCAAAACAACGCUGAGAGAGGUUAUGUUGUAAAAUCAACAAACAUUGAGUGUGACUUAAAUUCGGAUCAAGUAAAAGGAUUCGUUCGCUUUUGGUAUCGCCAAAACGGGCAAGAUUUGUCACUCCCCGAACCGCUUUUAGCACCCAAAUCGGUUAAAAACCCUCAAGAAAUUUUGGUACGAUCAUUAAUGAGUGUUGAAUGCCUCGAUGGGGCUUUAACUGGUGGAAAAGGAAAUUCGUUAGCUUUAUUAUCGACGAUCAUUUCAAACGAAUUCACAGUACCACCGGGUUUCGUUGUAACAACAACGUGUUUUCGAAAAUUUUUAGCGGAAAAUCUUAAUUUGACAGAGAGUAUUAAAACGUUAGAGGAGGUUUGUUGUGGGGUAAUCGAAGGGAACCCAGAGGAUGUUUGUAAAAAUACCGUUGAAUUAUUUAAGGACGCCAGAAUAUCCCCGGAAUUAACCAAAAUUUUAGAGGAUGAAAUCAAAGAAAUAAAAGACGAAUUUAGCUCAAAAGGUAGCGCGGAGUGGAGUUGGGCGGUUCGAUCGUCAGGAAUCGGGGAGGAUUCUGAUGAAUUAUCAGCUGCCGGCCAAAACGCCACCUUUUUAGGUUGCAAAACAACUGGUGAUGUUAUUAAAGCUAUUUGUGGGUGUUGGGGGUCUUUAUUUACUUAUCAAAGCGUCGAAUACCGGCGGCAACAUGGUUUAUUAAUUAACUCUGAUAUUGCAGUUGUUGUACAAAAAAUGAUCCCCUCUGAAUGUGCUGGCGUCUUAUUUACUUCACACCCAGCAACAGGGGAUCCAUCCCAAAUGGUUAUUACAUCAAAUUAUGGAUUGGGGGAGAGUGUUGUUUCUGCUUCUUGCGACCCAGAUACGAUUAUUUUGGCGAAAAGUAUUAAAGGUAAUGUGAAAGUGCUUGCGAGUACUGUUGGAACAAAAAAAACUCAAAUCACUUUGAGUGAAGUGCAAGAUAAAGACACGGAAGAGAAGGAGGUUGAUGAAAAAUUGGCUCAAGAAUUAAGUUUAGACGAAAAUCAAGCGUUAAAAUUGGGAAAAAUCGGAGUUUUCUUAGAGAGGGCAUUUGGAAAUCCUCGAGACAUCGAGUGGGCCUUUUAUAAUGGUGAGUUAUUUAUUCUUCAAUCAAGGCCGAUAACAACGUUAAAUACUUGGAAUGAAUGGGAACUCCAACACGAAUUUGACACUCCCGUUUUUUCCAAAGAUAACUUAUACUCUCGGGCGAACGUAGGGGAAGUUAUAAAAGGAGCUGUUUCACCGCUUACCCAAUCAAUUACUAUGCACGUAAUCGAUGUUUUGAUGCAAAUGAGUGCUUAUAAAGGGGAAUAUCAAGAUUUUUAUCGAAAAGGACUUACAAUUAAUUCCCAUGUUAUAUUUUUAAAUGUUUUAAACUUUAUGUAUAAUCGAGUAAAAGGAAAAAUUUUAAUGGAAAAUAAAGUAUCGGAUUUAGCAAUUUUUGGUCACCUGGUGUUAAACGAAAAAAUUUUAAAGACCGCGUUGAAACGUCAUGGAAAAAUGAAUUUUUACCAAACGAUGUCGUUGUAUUAUGAACAAUUCCAUACAAUUUUCGAGAACGAUUUCGUCGUUAAAAAGGCAAUCGAGUUCAAUCAAAUAUGGAAUAUAAAAUUGAAAUCGUCAGAUUCGGCGAAAUCGAUUCUUGAUAAAAUCGAUUUUAACCUUCAAAGUGUAGCGGUGGCAUCGGAGUACCAUUUACAUGUCACCCAAUCAAGCAUCGUAUAUCAAAUGAUUGCAAUGAUAGUUUUGGCCGAGAAGCACAACGAUUUUAACAAUGACCAUUACCACGAUAUCGCACUCCUUUUAGCUACGAAUUCCGGAGUGGAAUCAGCGGAAAUUCCCAUUAUUUUAGAAGGAAUCGCUGUGGAGAUUAGAAAAGAAGGUUUCGGGGAGGAAUUUGCUCGGUUAAAACCGGAGGAGGGGAUGAAAUGGUUAGAAGAGAAAAUGCCAAGUUGUAAAGUGAGGUUGGAAAAGUUUUUGACACUUCACGGACAUAGAGCUUUUAGAGAAUUUGAGUUGUACGAAAAUACUUGGGGGAUGAAACCGGAAAUUGUGAUUUCAAUGAUUCAAUCGAACUGUCUGAGUGAAACGACAACAAAAAAAGCUGUUGGGUUAACCGUAGAUGAAACAAUAUCUGCUUUAAUCUCUCCUUCGAAAAAUAUAACUAAAAAAAUUUUAAAAUUCAUUGUAAAAAAGUGUCGCAAAGCUGUAGCUCACCGAGAAACAACAAAAUCUGUUUUUAUCAAAACCAUCCAUAAAUUUCGCCUCGUUUUUAACGAACUUGGGAAAGCUAUGGUUAAAGAAAGCUUAAUUCCUGCUCAUGAUGUAGUCUUUUUCUUCACAAUCGAGGAGUUACGAGAUCAUAUUAAAGAACGAAAUCCAAUUUUAGUCUCAAAGGCAAUAAGAAGAAGGAAACUGUACGAAAAAUGGAACUCGCUUCAUUUCCCUGAAUUAAUUUACGGUGUUCCAAUUCCAGAACAACAAUCCGUUGCAUUUAAACGAACAGAGAAUAAUUUAAAAAUUCAUGGAACACCAGUUUGUAAAGGAAACAUCGUUGGGCGAGCUUGCGUUAUAACCGAUAUUAAGGAGAUUAAUUUGGUGCAAUCCGGAGAUAUUUUGAUCACUUUUAGCACAGAUAUAGCAUGGUCUCCAUAUUUUCCAAUUCUUUCUGGGGUUGUCACAGAAAUCGGAGGAUUAAUAUCACACGGUGCUGUCGUUGCUCGUGAAUAUGGACUUCCGUGCGUUGUUGGGGCACAAAACGCAACCAAAUAUUUUAAAACGGGGGAUAAAAUUUUAUUAGAUGGUAAAACUGGGGUUAUUGAAUUAGUUGAAUAAACUUAUUUUAUGUAUUAAAUAUAUUUUUUUUAAAUAAAUCAUUUUUUAAAUAGCUAUUAA